ACACCAGAGGAGUUUUCCAAGAAAAGUGCUUAUAUAAGCACAAUGAGUCAUGUCAUCAUAAUCGCUACAUAUACCACUUCUCUAAAACUCCACCAAUAUCUCUACUCUCCCGAAGGAUUCUUCACACACCUUUUUCUCGAUGAAGCAGCUCAGGUCCGUGAGCCUGAAGCUAUCACACCACUUGCUCUAGCUACUAAAGAUGCUAAAAUAGUUUUGGCAGGUGACCAUCAGCAGGUUGGCCCUAAUAUAUUGGUACUGGGAGAAGAAGCCAAGAAGUUUGGGCUCAAUGUUUCCUUGUUGCAACGUUUGUUGAAAAGAUAUGAAAAUAUUGGUCGAGUAGCAGCACGUUAUGUCACUAAGUUGUCAGUGAAUUACCGAUCACAUAAUUCAUUGAUAGAUUUGCCAAACCUAUUCUAUGAGAAUUUGGAGAUAAACCCUGACAAAAGCCUUCAGAAAUGCAGUAGCCCUACUGGUUACAGUUUUGUGUCUGCUGACUCAAGACUGAUUGAGCAAUUUGAUGAUCCAGAUCAGCAAUGGGUUGAAGCAUGCAUUGUCUUAGAAGAGGUUCGAAGUUACUUGGAAAGGAUGAAGCAAAUAAAUCCCAACUUUAAUCCACGACAUAGUGUCUGUAUUAUCACAUCAACUAGGAAGCAGUUAAAUCACAUCAAAACAAUGGCUUUUAGAUACAAAGAAUAUGAGGCAGUUAAAAAAGUUAGCUUUAGGCCUUCUUUUAUGAUACAAGGUUAUGAGUUUCAAGCUAUCUUUUUAAGUCUCUUUGAGCUGGUAGAAAAUGAUGAAAUGAAUGCCUCCUAUACUAAAAGCCUGUUCAAUCCUUACGUGUUUAAUACUGCUAUAACACGGGCUAAGUUUCAUGUGGUUGCAAUUGGAAGUCCAGAAGAAGUAAAGCAGUUUGAACUUGACACACUCUCUCAUCCAGACCGUGGUGGCAAUACUACAAAAUGCUGGCAUGAAUAUUUGAAAUUGUGUGCUGCAUUGGGAACAUUUAGCCAUCAUAUAGAUCUAUCUAUGUUUAAAAGAAAAAAAACUGAAAUCUCUGAUCCUAAUAUGGAGAAGGUCAAAUAGUGAUGGUGACUUUUAACCAAGAAUGAUUGUUAGGAAUAAAUUCAAAUAAUUAUUUUUA